AUGCAGGCUUCCGUGCUCUCCAGCAAGGCCUGCGUGGCCGCCCGCCCCGUGCAGGCCCGCACCGCUCGCCGCACCGCUGCCACGCGCGCCGCCCCGGUGCAGGCCAAGUACGGCGAGGAGAGCCGGUUCUUCGACCUGCAGGACCUGGAGAACACCAUUGGCAGCUGGGACAUGUAUGGCCAGGAGGACAAGAACCGCUACAACAGCCUGCAGAGCGAGUUCUUUGAGCGCGCAGCCGGUGGCCUGACCCGCCGCGAGUACGUGCUCGGCCUGGUCGCCAUCGGUGCCGCCGGCAUCCUGGCGUGGGGCGCCAAGGGCAGCGCGGACGUGAAGCUGCCCAUCACUGUCGGCCCCCAGCAGACCCCCGCUGUGGGCCCCCGCGGCCGCCUGUGA